UAUUGCAUUAUUCCCCAACACAAGAAUAUAUUCUCUCAUUGACACUAUAGUUUGGAGAAUACCCAAAAAAAGAAAAAAAAAAAAAAAGGAAACUAUCAUUUCUCCCAUCAACAACACUUUCUCUUGGCUAUAGCUCCAACACUAUCGUUGGGAGAAUAGCAAAAAAAUAAAUAAAAAAAAAUCCCUUUCCCUUCAAAUUCAUGCAACAACAACAAAAAUUCAACGGUACUUUCACUAUGACAAACGAACAAAAAAAUUCAUCGAUUUUUUCAGUACAACCUCAGAGAAGCUGUGACACUAACGAUGACAAAAUCGAGUCAACAAGGCCUAGUUUCAUUACGACGAACGAACAAGAAAAAUCGUCGAUUUUUUCAUUACAACCCCAGAGAAGCCCUGACCCUAACGAUGACAAGAUCGAGUCAACAAGGCCAAUUUUACAAGUCAGGAAAAACAACAUAACGCUCAAGUGCGAUCAAGAACACCAUGAUUCAAAAAAAUCCAACGAUACAAGAGCUGUGUCAGACGACGACGUGCAUGUGGGGCAUGCAAGCAUGGGCGGAUCGACGUCCUUGGAGGACAAUGGACGUGAGAGAUUGAAGAGACAUAGAGUUGAAGUGGCUGGACAUGUAUGGAUACCAGACAUUUGGGGACAAGAGGAAUUACUAAAAGAUUGGAUUGAUUGUAGUGCAUUUGAUAAAUCAUUGAUGAAUAAUAAUAUAAUGUCAGCAAGGGCAGCUUUAGUUGAAGAAAGAAGAAGAGCAAAUUCUACUUGCAGAUUAAGAAUAGAAAAUAGCUGUUGAAAUUAUGCGCCCAAAAAAAAGAUGAGUUUUUUUUUUUUUGGUCUUUUAUUUCUAUUAAUUAAUGAUUUUUUUUUUUUGGUUUUCUCUUUUAUUGAACUAUUUUAUUAUAAUAAUAAUUGUGUAUUUCCGUGUUAAUACCAAGAAGAAAUACAUAUGUUGA